AAUACCCGGUUAAUGGUUAACCAGAUAAUACUUUUUUAGGGGAGGGGGUUGCAGAUAGACAGAAUUGAAUGUAAUACUUCCUGAUCACUGCCUUCAAUACUUUCUCCUCACCAAAAGGGUCAUUUUAGGGGGGGAAGCAUGGAGACGCUGGAAAAAGAUACUACUCAAUCGGAGUACAAACAGCCUGAUGAAAAUGAAGGUGGGAUCCUCAGACGCUUGAGGGACAGAGACCUCCUGAGGAAGAGGAGGGCAGAGGCCGAGGAAAAGGCAAUUUACCAGUGGGUUUAUGGGGUGCAGAGCAAGAGGAAGAGAGAGAGGCGGGAGGUGAAGAGCGGUUCUGGUAGGAAGGGCAGGCCGAGGAAAAGCGAGGCGGGUGUCGUGCCCCAGCCCUCCCAAGACCAACCACCACAGGAGGUGCCCUGUGUGGAGGAGGCACUGUCUCAAGGGCUCACCCCGUCCCAAGCACAGGAGCAGCCCGAUCAGGAUGCCAGCAAAGCAGAUGAGCCGCUGAUUGCUGGCAUCACAAAGGCGGAGGAGCCACCGUCCACAGACACCACCAAAGCGGGGAAAGAACUUUUUGAUGAUGUCACAAAAGGAAAAGAGGAAGUCCUCCCACUGGCAACGUCUGAAAGCCAGCCCUCUCUGCCUCCUAUCCUGUCACUGGCUCCCCCUGCCCCUAAACCCCAGCCUGAGCUCGCCCCCGCCCCGCCCCAGGAGGAGACGCCGGCGCAAACGGAGCUCAAGAGCAGCCUGUCUGUGGAAGAGCCCACGAUCAAAGACUUGGGGCCUGAUGAGAAAGAAAUUGACCCAGUUCCUCCAGAGAAACUGGCCACCGAGCAAGGUGCGAGCGGGGGGCCCGGCGACAGCGUGACGGACAGUGCGCAAGUGUUCUCCGUCCCCACCAUCGUCUCUCCACCCCAGCAGAGCUGCGUCCCGGAGCCUUUCCUCUGAGCGGCGUCUCCCCGGGCCUCCCGGCUGCAACACCGGCGCGAAUAAAGGGGCCUUUCAUUCAGACAGGCAGACCACGGUCAGCCGCGCUGGCAAACUCAGGAUGGUAAUACUAAGCCUCUAAACUGGGGAACAGCUCAGAAGAGAGCAUUUUUUUGAGUAUUUUGAAAACUUUUUUUAAACAUGUAAAUGUAUACAGUAUAUUUGCUCGUUUUCAA